UAUGGAUCAACCAACAACUUCAAAUGUUUCUACAAUAACUCCAACAAUAACAACUAAUAUUAAUUCAACACAAUCUUCUUCUACUACAACUAGUAUCAAUACAAAUCCUACAAAUAUUUCAAUUUUAAAUAAUUUACAAAAUAUUAUAACAACUCCCUCUUCAACACAACAACAGCAGACAAAUACAACAAAUAAUUUAAUACAAAAUACACCUACAACAGCAUUAGUUCAACCAAUGAUUUUUAAUAACCAAACAACAUUAAAAUCUUCAACAACAAAUAUUUGUCAACAAAAAAUGAGAAAAGAAAUUUAUAGAUAUACUUGUGAGGAUAUGUUAUUUGCUGCUGCUUGGUCAAAUAAAAUAUAUGAAGAUAGAAGAUUUAGACUUGUAGUUGGGACUUUGUUAGACGAAGAAAAAAUUAUGAAUAAUAAGGACCCAUCACAGCCAGAAUUAUUUGCUACUACCUCAAAUUAUUUACGUAUUUUUAGAUAUCAUCCAAAUAGAGAUUUUAAUCAAAUUCCAAUUACAUUAGAGUGUGAAUUAUAUUCUACUAAUAAAUCAAACAUUUAUUCUGCACCGUUGACGGGACUUGACUGGAAUGAAGUAGAUUCUACAUUGCUAGCUACAUGUAGUAUUGAUACAACAUGUACUGUUUGGAAUGUUGAGACUGUUCAACAAAUUGGGCAAAUCAAGGCAAUUGAAGGUUCACAAAAAACCCAAUUGAUAGCUCAUGAAAAGCCUGUGCAUGAUAUUGCUUUUGCAAAACUGGAUAGUGGGGGAAGAGAUCAAUUUGCUACUGCAGGUGCAGAUGGCAGUGUUAGGCUCUUUGACCUUCGUUCACUUCAACAUUCUACGAUUUUAUAUGAAGAUCCAGAAAAACGAAUGUUAAAUCAUGUAGCUUGGAAUAAACGUGAACAUACAAAAUUGGCAACAGUUGCACACGAAUCUUUUGAGGUUGUAAUUUUGGAUAUUCGAGUUCCUUGCAGACCUUUAGCUCGUUUUGGAAAUCAUAGAGGAUUCAUAAAUGGAAUAGCUUGGGCACCUCAUUCAACAGUACAUAUUUGUACAGCUGGUAGUGAUCGACAAGCAUUAAUUUGGCAAAUGAAUCAUUUUAAUAGAGAUGAACCGAUACUUGCAUAUACGGCUGAAGGAGAAAUUAAUCAAAUUCACUGGUCUAAUAAUUUUCAUCAAUGGAUUAGUAUAUGUUUUAAUAAGAAUAUGGAAAUUUUAAGAGUUUAA